AAAACGAAAAAUUAACAUCGCGAUGGAAAAUCGGUAAAAGGUGAAUUCGGAAAAAAACCUUUUGGCGCUUUGUCGUGUUGUCGCUAGCGACAGGACGACAAGGCGAAAGUCCGACAACGCGCCGUUUUGCGCUUCGUCGUGUUGUCGCUAGCGCAAAAGCGUAACAAAUCAGCCAUCAUACAUAUCAGCCAUAUUUUACCUUGAGUUAGCUGGAUUGGAGCACGUUUGUUUUGGCUAACAGGUGUGAAAAGGUGGUCACGUGAAUGUAUAUGUGUAAUCUUUCAAAAUAUGAGAUAACGGCGUUCAUUUCAUCACGGACCUUAAUUGUCAAUUUCAUGUCUGGAGUUGUUUUUUUUGCUUGUCCAUAUACGGAGGUGCAGAUUUAAACAUUGUUAAUGCGCAGUUUUACUAAGCACGGAAAUAAAAGGGGAGAUGUCGUAUUUCAAGAUUCAAACUAUUGCCAAUAGCUGGGCGGAGUGCCGCUUGUCUACAGUGACCUCAUUGCGACGAUGUGCCGAUAAGCUCGAGUCAUCCCAUAGAACAAAUGCAGAAACAGAACACUCGAUUGCUAAAGUGUCGUUAACAGGAGACGUCGUCGGACUAUUUGGCGUUAUACUUGCUCCUUUUUCCGGUGGAUUGUCACUUGGGCUUUGUGGAGUGUCAGCAGUGACAGGAAUUGGAACAUAUCUAAGUAAAAGGGAAGCAAACCAAAAUGACGAUAAUGUUACAAGGCAGGUGGAAGCAGAGGUUAAACAAGUGUUAGAUGAAGAUGAAAAGGCAACAACGACAUUGAGAAAACUGUGUGAAAGCUUCACAUUCUUGGAGGAGCAACUUGAGAUAAAAAUGGUUGGUGACAUUCUGGUAGCUAUCCAGGAAACAUCGUGUACUAACCUGGAGAUCACUGUCGGAGAUAUACAGAAAAAUGAUUGUGCAGUCCAAAUACAAAAUGGUAACAAUUUGAAUACCCCUGUGCUAAAUGUAACAACACAACUGGCAAAUUUGAAUGCAUCCUUAACAAGCGCAAACGAGGUUAUACAAUAUAUUGAGACAACUAAGGAAGUUGUAACCAAAACGAAGACUAUCAAACAGGUGCUCUCAACUGCCAAUUCUAUCAACAAACUCUCGAAAGCUGCACGUUCUCUUGAUGUUGCUGAAUUAAUGAACACAUCUGGACAGAUAGCGUCUGCUGCAAAAACUGUAACGAAGGCUGCCAAAACUGGAAAGGCCAUUACGACUGCCACAAAAGGGGCGGACACAACAAUUAAAACAGUGAAGAACAUCAAAAAAGCAUCGGAUACUAUGAAGACGAUAACAAAAGUUGCAAAAAAUGCCUCCGGACAGGUAGCGUCUGCUACCAAAACUAUUACGAAGGCUGCUAAAACUGGAGGGACAAUAACGACUGCCACAAAAGGAGCGGACACAACAAUUAAAACAGUGAAGAAUAUCAAACAGGCUUCAGACACUGUGAAGACGGUAACACACGUUGCAAAAGAUGCUACCGGGCAGAUAGCAUCCGCUGCACAAACUGUAACGAAGGCUGCUAAAACUGGAAGGGCCAUUUCGACUGCCACAAAAGGGGCGGAUACAACAAUUAAAACAGUGAAGAACAUCAAAAAAGCAUCGGAUACUAUGAAGACGAUAACAAAAGUUGCAAAAAAUGCCUCCGGACAGGUAGCGUCUGCUACCAAAACUAUUACGAAGGCUGCUAAAACUGGAGGGACAAUAACGACUGCCACAAAAGGAGCGGACGCAACAAUUAAAACAGUGAAGAAUAUAAAACAGGCAUCUAACACUGUGAAAACGGUCACCAAAGUUGCAAAAGAUGUAGACAAAGUCGUACAUACUUCUCGAUUGACCACGAGCGCAACUAAAGUUACAAAGGUGACACAGACCGCCACAAAGGCUGCUUCAAUUAGUAAAUUAGGACUUAUUAUAAAUGCAGUGGUAAUUCCCCUUGAUUUAUACAACUUGGUCGUUGCAGCUGAAAACCUUGGAAAGUCUCAUGAAGAUGUGAAGUUCAUACGAGAUGAAGCAGACAGGCUUGAACACCAGAUUGAAAAUAUUGAAAACGAAAUUAAAGUGCACGUUGAAACCUACAUGCAGCUUCAUGUUCAGCUUUGUGAGAUCUAUGAGAACUACCAUUAUGAAAACAUAUACGAGUAUCUUGAAGUGAUGCAUGAAUCUUUAGAAUUUCCUCUUCCAACACGUUAAUGAUGAGAUAUUGACACAUACAAGUAAAUUAUGCAAAGUUCCGCCAAGUGAUGUACAUAAACAUGCUUACACUACAUUUCAAGAUCAGUCCGUUUUGGAUCUACCAUGCCUCAACAAUUUGCACUGUAAACUUUCAUAUACUAGUUACUUAUUGUUGUCACUGAAUUUAUCAAUGUUCUUAAGUAAAUAAACAAGAUUCUUGUGUUAUUGGAA